GGGGACCCUUGGAAGGCCUUCCCCCCAAGCCCACCCCCUCCCCACACCCUGGGUGUUCAGUGUGUGUUGGAUGAAUUAAUGAAUACCCGAGCGACGCCCCGCUGGUCAACUAGACAUGGGGAGAACUAGAAAGGAAGUAGAGACCCCGGCCUUAAUUUAAGUGAAAUGAGUAAAAUUCUCCAACACAAGGAUGAACAAGUGGCAGGGGAAAGCAGUGCUUGACCAUGAAUGUCCCAGUAGAAAUGACCAUAAAAUGCUAAGAGAUCUAGGAAAGUGGCUGGGGUUGAGGUGUGAAGCAAAGGGGUUGAAGCGCUUCUAGGAAGUUUAAUGGUGAUGCUGAUAUUUGAUUUGCCUUAGAGUUAAAUGCUUUCACAUUCAGACUCACUUUCCUGGAUAACAGACCUCUACGAUAACAGACUGCUGUCGUUUGGGGAGGUUAAAAACAGUGUAGCCAGCUUUUGCCUGUGGAGGUGUAAUUUGUGCCAGCUUUGAAACAAUUUCAGGGUGUUAGUGUACAGAAUCCAGUGCCUGUGGGGAAGAUCGGAUUCCCAGUUCACCGUGGCUUGUGUUUCUGCACAGUAGGUUCUUGGAGUAAGACUGACGCUGGGGAGAUUGUCUUCAUCUUCCAGUUCUGUAGCAGCCUUGACAUGUCAGAAGAGGGUGUCAUUCACAAAGGGCCUUGGCCUGUCUUACUUUUAGUCAAAUUUUUAGAAGUCAUCAAACCUUUCUGUGCAGUUCUACCAGAAAUUCAGAAGCCUGAAAGGAAAAUUCAGUUUAGAGAGAAGGUAUUAUGGACUGCUAUAACUCUCUUCAUUUUCUUAGUAUGUUGUCAGAUACCACUGUUUGGAAUCAUGUCAUCAGAUUCUGCAGACCCUUUCUACUGGAUGAGAGUCAUUCUUGCAUCCAACAGAGGAACUUUAAUGGAACUGGGUAUCUCUCCAAUUGUAACAUCUGGUUUGAUUAUGCAGCUGUUGGCUGGAGCCAAAAUCAUUGAAGUUGGAGAUACACCCAAAGAUAGAGCUCUAUUCAACGGAGCCCAGAAAUUAUUUGGUAUGAUCAUUACCAUUGGGCAAGCCAUUGUGUAUGUCAUGACGGGGAUGUAUGGGGACCCUGCGGAAAUGGGUGCUGGGAUCUGUCUCCUCAUCAUUUUUCAGUUGUUUGUUGCUGGUUUGAUUGUGCUGCUGUUAGAUGAGCUGCUACAGAAGGGUUACGGCUUGGGGUCUGGUAUUUCCCUCUUUAUUGCCACCAACAUCUGUGAAACCAUUGUCUGGAAGGCCUUUAGCCCCACUACCAUUAACACGGGCAGAGGUACCGAGUUUGAGGGCGCCGUCAUAGCUCUCUUCCAUUUGUUGGCCACCAGGACAGACAAAGUGCGAGCCUUAAGGGAGGCUUUUUAUCGACAGAACUUGCCCAAUCUCAUGAACCUCAUUGCUACAGUUUUUGUGUUUGCGGUUGUUAUAUAUUUUCAGGGAUUUCGUGUUGACUUGCCCAUUAAGUCGGCCCGGUAUCGAGGACAGUACAGCAGCUAUCCCAUCAAGCUCUUCUACACCUCGAAUAUUCCCAUUAUUCUUCAGUCUGCCCUAGUUUCAAACCUGUAUGUUAUUUCCCAGAUGCUGUCUGUUCGAUUUAGUGGCAACUUUUUAGUAAAUUUGCUAGGACAGUGGGCCGAUGUCAGCGGCGGAGGACCUGCUCGCUCUUACCCCGUCGGAGGCCUGUGUUACUAUCUUUCUCCUCCGGAGUCUAUGGGUGCAAUAUUUGAGGAUCCUGUCCAUGUAGUUGUCUAUAUUAUCUUCAUGUUGGGGUCAUGUGCAUUUUUUUCUAAGACAUGGAUAGAGGUGUCUGGGUCCUCAGCCAAAGAUGUAGCCAAACAGCUGAAAGAACAGCAAAUGGUAAUGAGAGGUCACCGAGAUACCUCGAUGGUUCAUGAGCUUAAUAGUCUGGUCAGAAAUUGCCUUGACCAUCAGUACUGUGCGGUGACCGGUCUUCUCUUAAGAGGACCCAGCUGGCGAAACCUGGUGUCCCUGACUGUCGCACCUUGUCUCCUAGGUACAUCCCCACCGCGGCUGCCUUCGGCGGUCUGUGCAUCGGGGCCCUGUCAGUGCUGGCUGACUUCCUAGGGGCCAUUGGCUCCGGCACUGGCAUCCUGCUUGCAGUCACCAUUAUUUAUCAGUACUUUGAAAUAUUUGUUAAGGAACAAGCUGAAGUUGGAGGGAUGGGUGCUUUGUUUUUCUAAAUGUUCAAAUAUUUCUUUGUGUGUGUGUGUGUGUGAAAGGGAAAAUAUUUUGACACAUUGUUUUCUGUCAAAUAAUGCGGGUUCCCCUUUUCUUCCCAGUUUGUUUUCAAGUGCUACCUGUCCCAUUUGUGAAAUGGGCGCUGAGCUAAGCCUUUGUGCAGCAUUAGUACCAGCUGCCUUAAAACUAAAGUUUACAUUAUUCGUUUGAAAAUGUACAUCUAGGGUUGCCUGUGAUGCUGGAAACCAAUGUAUCUACCUUGCUGUAUUAGAUCACAACAGUGAGACGGGGACAUGGAUUAGUUUGCACACAACAUUCAGAACCCUUAUAUCCUCCCCUUGUCUAAAAAUAAGUGUAGUUCAAAUUGCCACUUUCCAGUAUUUUUGAGCUUAUGUGAUGAGUUCUGGAGCAUUUGUACCUAAUCUAUAUUUUAGAUAAUUACUUUUUAUACUUUUGAACUCAUAGUAUCCACAUUCCCUCCCCUCCAUCCCCACCCACCCUUUCUUUCUCUUUGUCCAAAGCAGCCACUUGGCCCAUGGACAAAAUCAAGCAUUGAAGUUUUCUGUUGUUAGAAGUGAUUGCUUCCAACUACUCUUCCUGUACGUUCAUUCCUCCUUUCUUCCCAGGGACAGCAUGACCUGUGCUGUUUGACUGUAUUGGCUAUGCCUUGUAAUUCCAACCAGUCACUUGAGAAUACUCUUUCAAAUCACUGUGCCCCAAUUCUUUUUUUUUUUUUUAAUCCCUAAAGCAAAUAUUGAAUUCUCAAGCAAUGUCUGUAGUUCAUUGGGGGUGAACAAUGAGUAAUUCAUGCUAGGAAUUUGUCUUUUGUUGUUCUUAUAGCUGCAAGAAGUGUAAACAGUAUAGACAAUAAACUUUUAUUUAAUAAAACUGUUGCAGUUGUGUUGGAAAAAUAAAGGAAUCUGAUAUUAAAUGUUCUCGAA